AUGGCACAAAUCACAAACGCCUCAAGCCUGGCCUCUCUCCCUUCUCCGCUCCUCCCGGCUCCCGACACAGAAGUCUUUACAAAGACCCAGUUGGACACUCUGUUUUCCAUCUUGGAAGUGACGGUGCCUUCCGUAGUUGCUGGAUCCAAUGUAUCACAAGCGCAGCUAGAAAGCGCCGUCUCUCGCAUAAGACCUUACCUUCCAGAGAGCGCCUCCGACAAGCUUGCUCGAGCAUACCUUUCCGAGGACAUUGUCGCAAACCCGGCAUUCCGAGAGGCAGUCGUCCGCAAGUUCAAACUAUACGUCCCCCCCGCAGACGCACAAGGCCUGGCCGUCAUCUUCUCGGCUCUCAACACCACCGUCGGCUCGUACAUCCUCACAGGCUACUCGGCCCCAAUCCAUACUCAAGAUCUGGCGACUCGAACGCGCAUCGUCAAUGGCUGGUCCACUGCCCGACUGCCCUUGUUCCGCGCCAUCUACCGCUCGUUGAAUGGACUGGCGAGACUGACAUGGUCAACAACAUCGUCCACACUCCCACAAGUGCUUGACUUCCCCACUGUCCCCAGGAACAUCGAGCGCAACGACAGUUAUGAUUUUGUGUUUCAUGAUUUCACAUCCCCCGACACUCCGACAAGCCUGUCAACGGACGUGAUUAUCAUCGGCUCUGGCUGCGGCGCAGGAGUGGUGGCAUCACACCUUUCUCGGGCAGGCUUAAAAUGUCUCAUACUCGAAAAGUCCUACCACUUCCCCUCUGCUCAUUUCCCCAUGGGCGCCGUCGAGGCAGGAGAACAUCUGAUGGAGAAUGGUGGCAUGAUAGCGGCGGACGACAACAACCUCGUCGUUCUUGCCGGCAGCAAUCUCGGCGGAGGUGGCACGGUGAACUGGUCCGCAAGCUUACAACCGCAGUAUGCCGUGCGGAAAGAAUGGUCCGAUGGUGGGCUCCCUCACUUCCUCUCCCCUGAAUUCCAGGACUGUCUCGAUACCGUGUGCCAUCGAAUGGGCGUCUCAAGCUCAACGGACCCAUCCAGUCUCGCCAAGAUCGAGCACAACGUUGCCAACAAGACGUUACUUGAAGGUGCACGCCGUCUGGGUAUGAGCGUCGAGAUUGUCCCACAAAACACUGCCUCCAAGCGACAUGAUUGCGGGUACUGCUCGUACGGAUGUCCCAGCACGACCAAGCAAGGUCCCGUGAACUGCUGGCUUCCUGACGCGGCCAAGCAUGGAGCCGAGUUCAUUGAAGGUGCCUUUGUCGAGGAGAUCACAUUCUCCCAGCAGGGCAACCGAAAGGUAGCCAACGGCGUCAAGGUACUCUGGACGUCCCGCGACCGCCGGACAACACGGACUCUGCAUAUCUCAGCGGAGCGUGUCGUUCUCGCGGCAGGAACCCUUAACUCUCCACUGGUCUUGCUGCGGUCCGGACUCAAGAACCCAAACAUCGGUGCGAACCUCCACCUUCAUGCGACGGCCCAGGUGUGGUCUGUGUGGCCGAACCGCACGAAUCCAUGGGAAGGGAGUAUUCUUACCGUCGCUGUCACCGAGCACCAGAACCAGGACGGCGCGAAUCACGGGCCCAAAAUCGAAACAAUCUUCAGCCCUCCUCCGUUCGGGCUCCUGGUUAUUCCGUCCCGCACAGGCUCAGCCAACCACUCAAAGGAGGGCCCUAGUGGCGACGUGUUCAGCCCAGCCAUAGAAUACAGGGUCAACGCUGCCAAGUACGGCUUCUCGACCGGGUUCAUCUCCAUCACCAGAGACGCGGACCCGGGACGCGUGUACAUCGAUCCCAAGGAUCCAGAACGGAAGAGGCCCAGGAUCGCGUACGUACCUAGCGCGCGGGACAGAGGCCAUAUUCUAGAAGGUCAAAUCGCCGCCGCGAGGAUAUGUUUCGUCAUGGGGGCGGUUGAAAUCGACACCGGACACGCCUACGUGCCGAGAUGGGUGAGACCGUCGUCGUUGUCGUCGUCGCAGCACGAAGGUGGUGGUGGUGUAGCUACGGAGCAAGACCUAGGGCGUGGCGAAGAAGACGAAGAAGAAGCCAAAGCCAAAGAAAAGGAAAGAGACGAAAAGUCUUUCACGGCUUGGCUGGAGGUCGUUCGCGCAACAGGCCUCACGGUUCCGGAUCCGUACAUGCUCGGCUCGGCGCAUCAGAUGGGCACAUGCCGCAUGAGCUCGUCGCCCAAGACCGGCGUGGUCGACGCACACGGCAAAGUCUGGGGCGUGGAUGGCGGCAGCCUGUACGUGGCCGACGCCAGUGUGUUUCCUUCGGCGAGUGGCGUGAAUCCCAUGGUCACCAACAUGGGCAUUGCAGAGUAUAUUUCCAGGGGGAUCGUGAGAGAGGUGAUGGCGGGGAGGAAAAAGAAACAAACCACGCAGAACGAGCAGAGGAGAGAACAACGACCGACGAAAUUGUGA